GAGAGAGGUGGAGGCGGUUUCAAGGGGCUCCCCGGAAGGAGACGUGGCGGCGGUUGGGGCUCCCGUUCGCUGGGCGAUCUCUAGUCCCGCCGCCUCCGCCUCCUCUCUAUGGGCCAAGGAGGCAGCGACGGCGGCGGCGGCGGCGGCGGCGGCUGGAGAAGGAGGCGGAGGAGGAUGGAAGAAGGAGGAGGUGGCGGACGGAGGCUGGUCCCGGGCGCACCGGUGCUGCUGGUCCUCUGUGGGCUCCUGGAGGCGUCCGGGGGCGGUCGAGUGCUCCCUCCGCUCAGUGACGACAUCCCCUUCCGAGUCAACUGGCCCGGCACCGAAUUCACUCUGGUGGAGAUUUCUGGUAUCUUCUGCUUCUUUUGCCUUGUUGUCAUAAAUAUGCAAACUUCUGUAUGGAUGGUGAACUUUUUGCGUUCCACAUGCAAGUUCAUUUCACUUCCUUCUGCUGGUGUUUUCUAUAAAGAAGAUAAUUAUGUCAUUAUGACAACAGCAGAUAAAGAAAAAUAUAAAUGCAUACUUCCCCUUGUAGCAAGUGGAGAUGAGGAAGAAGAAAAAGAUUAUAAAGGCCCUUCUCCAGGUGAAUUAUUGGAACCACUGUUUAAACAAAGCAGUUGUUCAUACAGGAUUGAAUCUUAUUGGACUUAUGAAGUAUGUCAUGGAAAACACAUUCGGCAGUAUCAUGAAGAAAAAGAAACUGGUCAGAAAAUAAAUAUUCAGGAAUACUUCCUUGGGAACAGGAUGAAAAAGAGCAUAUUAACUGAAGCAGAAAAAGAAGAAAAAGAAAAUGAAAACUCCAAAGAGAAUUCAAAGGAGAUUCCUACUAAAAAUAUUGAAGGUCAGAUGACUCCCUACUAUCCUGUGGGGAUGGGAAAUGGCACCCCUUGUAGUUUGAGACAAAACCUCCCGAGAUCAAGUACUGUGAUGUAUAUCUGUCAUCCAGAGGCAAAACAUGAAAUUCUUUCAGUAGCUGAAGUUACUACUUGUGAAUAUGAAGUUGUCAUAUUGACACCUCUCCUGUGCAGUCAUCCUAAAUAUAGAUUCAGAUCUUCCCCAGUGAAUGACAUAUUUUGCCAAUCACUCCCAGGAUCACCCCUUAAGCCUCACAAUCUGGUAAAGUUGGAGCAGCAACAAGAAGUAAUGAAGAUCCCUUUUAGAAAAACUAAAGAGGAAGAAGUGCAUUCAACUAAAGAAGACAAAUUAACCCCCGUUCCAAAACCAGUUGCUCUGGGCACUCAUCAACUUCUCACUGUUGGAACAACACACAUCUCCAAACUGACUGAUGACCAACUUAUAAAGGAAUUUCUUAGGGGCUCUUACUGUUUUCAUGGGGGUGUAGGUUGGUGGAAAUACGAAUUUUGCUAUGGCAAACAUGUGCAUCAAUACCAUGAGGAUAAGGAAAGUGGAAAAACAUCUGUGAUUGUGGGAACAUGGAACAAAGAAGAGCACAUUGAAUGGGCAAAGAAGAACACUGCUAGAGCCUUUCUUCUCCGAGACGACGGUACACAAAUAGUUAGGAUGGUAUCACAUUUUUAUGGGAAUGGAGAUAUUUGUGAUUUAACUGACAAACCAAGACACGUCACUGUAAAACUAAAAUGUAAAGAAUCAGAAUCACCUCAUGCUGUUACUGUAUAUAUGUUAGAGCCUCAUUCCUGCCAGUACAUUCUUGGGGUAGAAUCUCCAGUAAUAUGUAAAAUUUUGGAUACAGCUGAUGAAAAUGGACUCCUUUCUAUCCCCAGUUAAAAGAUCAGCGAAGCCAAAAGAAUGAAGAGCACUAACGCCCACCUGUAUUUCUAUUUUCCAUGGCCAAUGACCUCAUUAGAGUUCUCAGCCAAUGGAGCUUGACAGAAGGACUGUUUGGGGACUCUUUAAACCACUUUGUGAAUAUAUAUGUGUAUAUAAGAGGUUAUUGAUAAACUUUUAAAACAGACA